CUGAUAUGACUUUCAGUCAGUGUUUGUCAAGACGUUGAGUACAGUCCUUGUACACUCCAUCCUCUGCGCCGUUUGCGUCCAAAAUAGGUGAAAGAAAAAUUCACAUAGCUUUGUGAUUCUAAGUGAAUAUGGCCGAGAUAAAAUUGGUGUCGUUCGAGGACGAGCUGAAGAAGAAUCCCGAGUUGAAGGAGGCGGACAUACAAAUGCUGCGAGAAUGGUGCGAGAAGCAGCCUCACUUGCCGAAGAUAUCGGACAGCAUGCUGGCGUUAUUCUUACACAGCAACUAUUACCGACUCGAGCCGACGAAAGCCAGUAUCGAUACAUUCUACACAGUCAGGAGCCAUGUCCCCGAGUUCUAUAACGACCGGGACCUCGUGAAUAACAAAGAGUUGAAAAAGGCUUCUCAAACGGUGACAAAUCAGAUCUUAGAAGGAACUACUCGGGAAGGCUACAAAAUUAUUUAUGGAAGACUGAUAGACAACGAUCCGGCACAAUUUGUGUACAACGACGCAAUGAAAUUGCUCAAUAUGGUGAUCGACCUGUGGCUCUACACGGAAGGUACAUGCGACGGUCAUGUUAUAAUAUUCGACAUGAACAACGUUUCUUUCGGUCACGCCGGCCGUUUGAGCCCCAUGGGUUUGAAGAAAUUCCUUUAUUACCUGCAAGAAGGGCUGCCCGUCCGACUUCGGGGCUUUCACUUCAUGAACGCUUCUCCCGUAAUAGACGUUAUCUUGAAUAUGAUGAAACCCUUCAUGAAAAAGCAGCUGAUGGAUAUGUUCCAUAUGCAUACCACAGCCGAGUCUGUGCAGAAAUUCAUACCGCUCGAGGUCCUCCCGAACGAAGCGGGUGGCAAAGCCGGGCCUAUACUCGAAUUAAGCGACAAAAAUGUCAAAUAUAUGGCAGACAAAGCAGCGUGGUUCAAAGAAGAAGAGGCCAAUUGCCGCGUCAAUGAAUCUUUGCGACCCGGCAAAGCGAAGACGGCGACGGAUCUGUUCGGCGCCGAAGGAAGUUUCAAGAAGCUCGAAAUCGACUAAAAUCGAACAGCUUUGGGAAUUUUUUUUAGAUCUUUGGGAUUUAUGUCCACAAAAUUUGCAUUUUUUUUUUUAGAUAGACAAUCCUAUUUCGAAAGAUCAAUAUAAUAUCUAGUAAAUGGAACAUAUCUGAAUAUAAUCUGUCCCGUAUGUAUUUGACAACGGUGAAUAUUGAAAAAGUCUUAUAAGAAUGUACAGGUGAAAACUGUUAAAAUUUUUAUA